GGUGCCGGCCAGCGGUGGCGGGGCAGCCUCUGGCCCUGGAGAGUCAGCGGGGCUCCUGGCAGCAGCGCCCCCAUCCUCCCUGCGUCCGCAGCUCCUGGCGAUCACCUCGCGGGAGCUCUUUUGAUUCCUACUGGGCAGCGCCCUGGGGACUGAAUAAGCGUCACAGGACAAAAGAAAAGAACAAAAUGGAAAAGGCGCUACUGUGGUUGAUCCUUUUCACCCUUGGGUGGGCCCUCCCCGAGGGAUCAGAGAUGGAGCAGGAUGCUACGUGGCAUUUGAGGAAAGUACCCCGGGUUGUCAGCGAAAGGACUUUCCGUCUCUCGAGCCCCACAUUCGAGGCCGAGGCCAAGAUGGUGUUGCCGAAAGUGUGUGGCAUCGAGUGCCAGGAAGAGCUCCCGGCUCCCAGCCUCGCGGACCUGGAAGCGUCUCUCUCCUACGAGACUGUCUUUGAGAACGGCACCCGCACCUUGACCAGAGUGAGGGUGCAAGGCCUGGUGCCGGAGCCCGCGCAAAACAGCUCCACGAGGGGCGCGCCGGCGAGGCGACGGCGGCAGGUGUAUGGCACCGACAGCAGGUUCAGCAUCUCGGACAAGCGAUUCCUGACCAGCUUCCCUUUCAGCGCGGCCGUGAAGCUGUCCACGGGCUGCAGCGGCGUGCUCGUGUCCCCCACGCACGUCCUGACCGCUGCCCACUGUGUGCACGACGGGCAGGGCUACGUGAAAGGGAGUAAAAGGCUGAGGGUGGGGCUGCUGAAGAUGAGGAAUAAAGGCGGUGGCAAGAACCGCAGGGGUUCCAAGAGGAGCAGGAGAGAAGCGAACGGCGAUGCCCCAAGAGAGGGCCGCGGAGAGGACCUGCAGGCGAGAGCCAAGGCUGGGAGGGGAAGGGCGAGCUCCGCCGGGGGUCAGAGAGGCGCUGGGGGUCCGAGAGGCGCUGGGGGCAGGCCCUCCUUCCAGUGGACCCGGGUCAAGAACACCCACCUCCCCCGAGGCUGGGCCGCGGGCCGGAGGGGGGCCGCCGCCUUGGACUACGACUACGCUCUCCUGGAGCUGAAGCGCGCGCACAAGCAGAAGUACAUGGACCUGGGCGUCAGUCCGGCCAUCCGGGAGCUGCCCGGGGGCAGGAUCCACUUCUCCGGCUUCGACCGGGACAGGGCCGACCAGCUGGUCUACCGCUUUUGCAGCGUGUCCGAGGAGUCCGGGGACCUCCUCUAUCAGUACUGCGACGCCGAGCCGGGCUCCACGGGCUCCGGGGUCUACCUGCGUCUCAGGGAGCCGGACAGGAGCUGGAAGCGCAAAGUCAUCGCGGUCUAUUCCGGCCACCAGUGGGUGGACGUCCACGGCGAGCAGAAGGACUACAACGUGGCGGUGCGCAUCACCCCCCUCAAGUUCGCCCAGAUCUGCCGCUGGAUCCACGGCGAGGGCGCCGACUGUGCCUACGGGUAACGGGCGACCCGAAGCCAGGCCGUGGGCGGUGCAAAAGCGCAGGGAAAACCGGUUCCGGUUAUUGGAGCCAGGAUCCCCUCGCCGAUUGUGCCUGGACACGAGCUCUAUGGAUAGCGUUUCACUAUUUUUAUACAUCGACUUUCUCAAGAUCAGGAGAUUUCCCUGCAUUUAAAACCGUGUAGGUAAAGAUAGUUGGUGGGCAUUUCCAUGCCACGUAGACAUUCUUCUUUACAUGGUGGGUGAGUUUGGUUUGUGGAAAGUAAUUUUUUUGUCUCCUUCUGGCCUUCUUACGAAUUAGACACUCUUUGACACUUCAGGCUGGUGCUGUAAGUGAUGUGGUUUCUCAGUGCAGUGAUUCUCAGGGUCCUUUCUCCAAGAAGACUCUAAUGUGGUGCUGGUUGCAAAUUAAAUGGGAAACGGCAUACACAGAGGCGGACGGUAACAUUUCAAAUCGAGUUAGAGGCAAAAAUCUGCAGCAGUUAGGACUACUCUGAGAUGGACCCAUUCAGUUAGUUCAUGCCCUCAGUGUCUCUAUUGCUUUCUCUUGGGUCUGAGAAACUUUAGUUUUUUUGUUUGU